UCAGUUUUCUUAUGCUUACGUAUUAUGCGUUAUGCAAAAGUGUGUGCUCCCCGCUUUAUUUUGAAAAACUGUCGAUAAGGUAGAUAAGACGGGUUUGUUACGGUCGAUAAAGCAGAGCUUUGUAUUCUAGCCAAGAUAUGAACCAUGAAAAAUGUACCUACCGAAAAAGUGUAUUGUCGAUAGGAUAAUCUCCUUUUUUGGCCUGCUUCGUCGAGUUGCAAUACUGUAUGUACUAUACUGUACAUACAUACCAUACCGAAUGGAGUAACAUCAUAUUUACAAUUUAUUAGAAUCGUUCAAUGUCGCGUAGUAAUGUACAUACACGAAUUAUAAAUUAUUAAAGUUAUUUAUGCCGUCCUAGAUAACAAAACUAUGUAAAUGUGAUCAUGGCCUCGUUACACGUAAAUUGUGCAAUUAGUGAUACCACAACACAAUUUUUUUCGUUAAUCGAGAGAUUGCUUUCGUUAACUAGCACGAAGCUCAGUGAUAAGAAACAGAUCAAUGUAUAUUUGAACGAUCUCAACGAGCUGGAUUACAGAUGUCUCGAUAUUGUAAAUAAUGACGCGGUGCUAUUGUUGGUGAAUCAACUUUGCGCAGUUGUUCUACCUACAGAAAUAUCUUUAGUCCGAAACGUUUGUAAAUUUCUGUACAAUCUAACUCAAAGCAACAUCAAACUCCACGGCCGGACAUUUGCAGCUUGCAAACGAUGGCUCUUAGAAGCGUUAGAAUUCUCUGAACCGCUGGCACAGGUCAAUGUGUUGAUCGUUAUAAAAAGCUUUUUGCACUUUGGACAUUUUGAUGAUAUCAAUCAUCAUCUACGUCUGUUACUCAGGGAUAAAGGUUUGCUAAUGAAACAUUUAAAUCCGCUAUGUAAUCCAUGGUCUGAAAUCAAUUUUUAUGCGCUUGGAUGUUUAGAAGAAAUUGUGCUAAACAAUAGUAAUUAUUGCUUAUCAGACGAAUUUACAUGUUUGAUAAAAGAUAUAAUUUUUAAUAUUCUAUCACUUUUACCAUACCACAAUGACGAUAAAUUGUACUAUAGUAAGAUCGUAAAUUCAUGCUUGCACAUUUUGCAUUGCAUGGUUUUGGAAAAAAUGAUCCCUAGUUCUCCCGAUUUUGUUGGAGAGAUAUUAGGAGUGGUGCAAGCAUUUCUAUUUUACGGCAUCAAAGGUUACUCAGUCAUGAAACCGCAAUUACUUCGUCCAGCUGCGAUGAAUCUCCCGGAACGUGUUCACGUAGUUCCCAAGUGCAAGAAUCUUAAAAAUCACAAAGCGAAGCCCAAGAAGACACCUUCCAAGAAAACUGCAUCUGAUACGGGAAAUAAUAUUCUUCCAGAACAUACGGGAAUUUCCAAAUAUUCCAGUGAUUCAGAUACUUCAGAUACAGAAAUGAAUAAUUCUGUCCAUUUUGAUUCGAAAGUAAGAUUGGGAGCUGUACGUUUAUUGCAUACUCUCGUAGAGAUCACACAGAGUAGAGAGAUUUUCGGGUACUGGCCGCAAAUCGUAGCUACCGGUUCACGAAACGACGCACGAGUAUUGACAAGAAGUAUAUUAGUUGAACCUGUGUCGAAAGUACGACAGAACGUAUUGUGUACAUUAACUGAACUGCUGAUAGGUGCUAAACCAUUUUUGAUACACGCCGAAGAUACCAAUCAUACUUCUUUCAUCACAUUCUUUGGGACGGUGUGCUUAAUGGUCAAAGAAUUGCAUUUUACAUUGUCAUUAAUUUUGCUAGCUGAAAAAAAUGUAGCUGUACUGACGCACGCAUUAAAAUGCACGGCAGCUCUUGUACAAGGCACAUCAUACGAACGACUGAAACCGGGUUUGGCUACCAAAUUAAUUAGGAAUUGUAAGCCGCAUAUAUUUCACAAAGAUCCGACUGUACGAGUUGCGGCACUAUCCAUUUUUGAAGCAUUUGCCUCCAAUGAACCCAUCACUCAGGAAAUAUUAAGCAUAUUGGCUAAGCAAACUGUGGGUGGAAUAGGAUCGGGAACCUCACAGUUUGACACUGGUUUCACAAGCGAUGGAACGGAAGAGGAGGAAAUAGAUGUCGAAGAUAUCGAAAAUUCAACAAAUAGCUGUAAUGAGAUCACAUUGAUGUCAAAAGAUGAGAGCGUUUGUUUGCUGAUUCGCAUUUGCUUAGAAAAUAUAUCCAGUAAGUCGGUUAAUACACCUGUACGACUUCAGUCUUUAAAACUCAUGGGGAGGCUGGCAUUUAAUGCAGGAAGCCUUGUGUAUCCUCAUUUGGAGAAAGUGACCACGACUUUAAUUUCGAUCGUGGGGGAAUCGGAAAGCCAAGUGGUACUGCACGCAUGUCGGGUUUUAGAGAUUAUGUCCGAUUACCUCGCAAAUACCGAGACUUAUCAUAGCAGUGGCAUAUUAUUUUGGAAUAUUAUAUUUGAACCUAUGAUAUCACUCGCCCAAACAUCGCAGACCAUUUUGCGAGAAGCUGCUUGCGAUUGUCUAGGUAGCAUCAGUGGAAAUGUAUUCACACAAUUAUCGAGGCAAAAAGUUAUAUUAAUAAUUACAAUACUGUUUGGAGCAGUUCGUGAUGAAGAAAGUGCUGUAAGGGCAGCCGGCUUACGUGCGUUAGGAAUGUUAGUAACUUUAUCGGCAUUGGAAUACGACACUGGCUUCCUCAUGGAUCUGGCUGAUACAGUUUGCUCAGCUUUUGAGGACAAAAAUCUCGGUGUCCGUGUGAAAAGCGCUUGGGCAUUGGCGAAUUUGUGCGACUGUCUUUCCAGGCAAAAACAGCACGAAGAGGUAGAACCACUUCCUUUAGAAGAUUUAUUACCCAAAUUGUAUCAUGUAAGCGUCAAGGCUGCAAAAGACAAUGAUAAAGUGAAGUGUAACGCUGUAAGAGCAAUUGGAACUAUUUUAUAUCUGUGUCCACAAAAGCGCAUACUUUCCGAUACAACAUUAGGGCUGGAUGCACUUAUUAAAUGUGCUGUUUUAGGAAACGAUAUGAAAGUACGGUGGAACGCUUGCCGAGCUUUAGGAUUGGUUUUGAGCCACGAUCCAGAUGCGAUAUUGCCACCUUCUUGGAAAGAUCAAGUGUUCCCAGAACUUUGCACUUUGAUAUGUAAUAGUCCUAAUUUUAAAGUGCGCACCAAUGCCGCGUGGGCACUGUCUUCGUGUAACUGUUACGGCAAGUAUACUGUAACAUUGUGGAAAAGUAUUGUAUUAGCAUUUGAAAAUGCUCAACAUGUCCCGAGCUACGUUGAAUAUCCGCAUCGAGACGCACUGAUUCAACAAUUGUGCCUUACUCUUGGACGUGUCGCUGCCUGUACAGAGAAAUCCGAACUGCAAAGUCUUUGGAUUGAAAUUGGUGAUCAUGUAGAAGAAAUUUCCAAUUUUAUAAAGCAGUUUCAGGAGACUGUUUUACCUGAAAAGCUGGGAGAUAUAAUUAAGGCAAAAGCCCAAUUGGAACAACAUGCGCGGAACACAUGUUGUUCUGUUGAAGAACGACAGAUCGCUCAAUCUUUAGCAAAUAUAUUCGAAAGAACUAAUCGUUACGACAAUCUAGAUGCCAUUACCUCUACAAUGUAGAUUUGUACAAGUAAAAUAAAAUGAAGCAACAUAA